CUGCCCUGCGCGGAAGUGAAUGCCAACACGCCAUACGCGACGGCCACUUGUUUGCCUGUGUCCCAUUAUUCUGCCUUGACUGCAUUCUGAACAAGAUACUACCCUCCAGAGGGCAACAUUGCAGACAACGCUGCUGUGACGGUAAUCGACCACUCCAGUCCCAAUGUCGGAGCCUCCUCUUCAGCAGAUUGUGGCGAGGGAUUUCGUGUACUUCUGUCAUGAUGCUUGCCUUUCCAGUUUCGCCGGGUCGGUUGACGAGGACUCGUUCAUGACAGAGCAAGACAUUUCCAGUUACAUUCUUUCUGCCAACCCAACACUGCACCAAAAACUGGACGGCGUUGUUGUCCCCAGCACCCAUCUGCCUUUUGACAAGGGCGAUUCUGCAGAUCAAACUUCGCCAGAAGUAGAAAGUCCCAACACACAGCUUGAGCAAACAGCCUCGUCGGACCGGCAAUUCCAACGAAGACCAGCGGUGUUCGACUGGAAUUCCCUAGUCAACAACAAACGAAUUUCGGCGGUCGGACUUGAUCUUGAGGAUCAGCCGCUUCAGUUUGUCUUUGAUCGGCACCGCUUCACCGUGCGCGAACAUAGUGAUCCCGAGACCAUCUACUCUUGCUCCUCUCCUGCCUGUCAAUAUGAACUGAACCUCAUCCCCUUCGGAGCCCUCUUGGGUAUCGUAACGAAUGAAGCUUGGAAUCCAAACACCGCCUUGACCACAGGGCAGCUAAGAACGGUGCAUUACUGUUUCAGUUGUCUCGAAGAAGAACUGAAACGCAUGUUCGCAAACAAGAUGGCGCAACGGUUGUUCCCGCAGGUUGUCGAUGGUGCGUAUGACAAUGAAGCUGUGCACGAAUCAGCGGAGAGACUGCAUCCCACCCUCGAAACCAAGGAACUCAAGUGGAUGUACUUUCCUCAAGAGGCGCCCUUGAGUCCGGGAACAGGUUCAAACACCAGAAGAGGCAUUCUGUUGCGACGACAAAAGCAAUACGAGAUUGAACGCAUCUUACAAGAUGUCAAGGAGAAGGAUUCCAGAAAAGAAGAGCACAUGAGGACUCUCGAGAAAACAGAUCCAGAAUCGACAGGGCUGAUCAUCCACAAGCGACGAGACAUCUCACCUUUCCGCAACAGAUACAAGAAGCAGGGCCUCGAGUAUCGCAGAGCCUCCAACCAGUUUGGAAACAUCAAGUCGCCGGCAAGCGGUGCAAACGCCAAGUCAGUGGUUUUUGACACGGGCGACCACACUGCGCUGCGCUGCUUCUGUGGGGAGCCACCAGAUGGCGAUUGGAUGAUCCGCUGCAGUUCGUCAUGGUGCAUGUUCGGGGUGGUCCAUAUGAGAUGCUCUGGCCUCGACAACAUCGCUUCUGUUGGCGAAGUGUUCAUCUGCAAGUACUGCGAAACUGCCAAUAUUGCCAACUCUCAGGAUGAUCGUUCAGAUGACAUAGGCGACGAGAGUGUGCUGCGCUCGAAUGGCGGCCGCACACAGUCUGGCUACCGCGCCACCAAACGACAUAUCGCACCAAAGCACAACAAGACGGAUGUGAUCGAGCCUGAGGGAGAGGACGGAGCUGUGGUCGGGGACACCGGUCUUGGUCGCACUUACAGUUCAGGAUUUACCGCUGUCAACAGUCCGGCCCCGAAGGGCAUGUAGCAUUGUGGUUUCCCCCUACACAGUCGAGG